AUGACAGUGCGGAGUGUGCGGUGUGUGCGUGUAGUCCUCCUGUCGUCCUCUGCUGGCGGUCAUUCGCCUUUAACAUCCAAUCCAUCGACACGGCUCGCAGAAUAUACCACGACCGCGAUGGCGAUAUCCAGCCCCGUCACCGCCCUCCCCAAAAUACACCAACAACCACAACAACCUCACCUCGAGCCCCCACCCCUAAUCCACACUCUCUACGAGGAACUCACAUGCACAUGGCAAUACGUCGUAGCCGACCCUCUUACCCGCCACGCCGUAAUCAUCGACCCUCACCUCGACAACUCCCCGGCAUCGACCUCAAUCUCCACAAUAGCAGCCGACCGCGUGCUUGCUAUAGUGCGCCGAAAUCGCUACUACGUCGAUCGCAUCUUGCACACCCAUGAACCGCAGCAUCACCCUUCCUCAGCAUGGUAUUUACGGACCCAAAUAUUACAGACGGAAGGCUAUGCCCCGGAGGUGAACAUCGGGCGCAAGAUGGCGGCGGUGCAGAGAGUCUUCAAGAGGAAGUACUCGAUGAACGAUGGGAGCCAGUGGAAGACUGCGUUUGAGGGGACAUUUUCGGACGGGGAGGUGUUUCGGAUCGGGUCGAUUAGUGCGCAUGUGCUGCACCUGUCAGGCGGUAAUCUCGCAUUUGUUAUCGGCCAGCACAUCUUCGCCGGAACGAGCAUUUUCGAUUUGCAAGUGCGGAAUCGACAUGAUGAGUUGUUGGGCGAUUUGAAGAAUUAUCGGGUGUAUACUUGUCGGGACAGUCCGCCGGCGAGGACUGCGAAGCUUGUGUCGGUGGAUGAAAAGACGAGUGGUGGGAAGAAGGCUGGGAGGAAGUUGGUCAUUCGGUAUGAAGCGGAGUGA